CCAAAGCAGUCCGAAUUCUAUGGGGGACUAAUAGGGGCCCGAGCGAGAUGGGCUCAUUGUCUUAUCAACAGCUUGCAAGUCCAAGCAAACCCCUAGACUACGAGCGCAAAGGGCCCCAAAUUGUGACAAAAAGUGACCCACCGGCAUAAGGAUUAAACAUUUCGCUUGUCAGCCAGCCUGUGAUUAUGUGGUCCAGGCGCGAGUAGGCAGUCUUUAGGCCACCAUCAGCUGUCUCCAGUUCUCCACUCCACACAACUUUCUAGAUCAGGCCCCUCCUGUAUCACACGCGCGCCCAAGAGCUGCAUCAUAAUACACAGCCCCCUUGUUACGACUCCAGUGAUAGAACAGUUCAGUAUUAAAGUAUACCUCUGGUCGUAUACUCUUCUUCCACACAACAUUCGACAUUCUCUGCGCAAACCACACAGUAUUCUUAUCAGCAUACGGCGCAAUGUCAGAUAUUCUUGCAGCGCUCGAGCAAUUGGACGACUUGGAGAAGGAGAGACGACCAAAAAAGUCAACUGCGACCAAAUAUCGAAAUCCUCUGACCUCAUCCAACGCUAAAUCCGCAAACCAACGAACAGGCCGACCAACACGACCACGCUCUAACCCCGAAUCUAAAGCCGCAUCAGCCCAGGCAGCAAACAGCAAGAACCAUCUCGCUCCAUCCUCUCCCUCAUACCACACAGAUGGCGAGCGUUCACCUUCCGUCGCCUCCACAAGACGAAUCUCCUUCGUAGACCUUCCUCGCCCGCAAGCCGUCCAGAGACGUCUCCGAAUCCCCACCCGAGGCGCAAGCCUAGCAUCAGGCUUCCCCUUCGACCCCAAACUUAACAAAUACAACGUCGGCGAAACCGAGUGGAAGGAUUUUAGCGAUGCCAUUAUCGAUGCCGCGGAGCUGCCCAAGAGAGCUACGUGGGCGUGGCGCUUUCACAAGAACGACGUGAUCAAGAAGAUGAAGCGGGAACUGCAGUACGAGGGCGACUUCAAACGGAUACUCAAUGCGUGGAAUAGGCAUUUUAGGAAGAAGGGGUUCCAGGUCUCGCUGGAGUUGCCUGGGGUUGCGAAGAUUAGAGAGGAGGAUUCACCUGAGGAGCAAGAAUUGGCUAGGCAGGAGGCCAAGUUCUUUAGGAUGUGUGUUACGCCGAAUGCGGAGAAGGCGGGGAGUAUAUAUAGCAGGACGAGCUCGUUGACCAGGAGCGUUACGGGUGAGGGGGCGAGUGUCAAGACGCCGAUCCAUUCGGAUGAGGAGAAGGAGGAGGAGAGGGAGGAAAAUGAGGGCGAAUGACAUGAGGAGGAUCCGGACGGGAAAGGGGUUGGGUAGGGAGGGAUCUUGGGAAUGAUGUUACGACCAUCUGACGACUCUUCUUGGUGCGAAUUCAUGGGUUACGGUUCUUCAGCGGAUUUCGGUUUACGGAUGGAUAUGGGCUAUCCAAUAGCAGCGGAUUUGAUCACGGCCUUUACUACAACGACAAAUUGGACUUUCUUGGGUGAGGAGAGAAUGUUAUGAAAAUAGAUAGGCUUGUAAAAACAAACAGGCCGUAGCUCAAGCUAUGCAUCAAAUACAAGAAACCUUGAGGGUAUCUGCGAUGCAAACCCUCCCCUCCUCAACUAUAUCCCAAUAUCAUCGCUUGUAGUCCUAUGUGCCUCUAAUGCCGUAUGUAGAUUGCAUUCCUGCACACUUACUCCCAUAUGUCUCAAUGGCAAGCCCCAUCCUUCGUGGCACUGGUAUU